AGCCUCAGUACGCCACUGCCUGCCCACUGCAGAGAUGAUGCGAGCAACUGCCUUCCUGCUGGUGCUCAGCCUGGCGCUGGUGGUUCCUGGACUCUCUGCAAGAGAGCUGUGUGUGCUGACCGGGAGCUGGGUCAACGACUUGGGCUCCAACAUGACCAUUGGGGCUGUGAACAAGGAUGGUCAGUUCAGAGGCUGGUACUCCACAGCUGUGAAGGACACACCAGCGGAGCUCUUCACGUCACCACUGGUUGGGUAUCAGCACAUCAGCAUAGAGCCCACCUUUGGCUUCACUGUCAAUUGGAAUUUUUCAGCUGAUAUAGACACUGUGGCCGUCUUCACGGGCCAGUGCUUCAUAGAUGAUGGAAAUGAGCUUUUGAAGACCACAUGGCUCCUGCGGUCACAUGAGAAAGGCACCAAAGAUGACUGGAUGGCCACCAGGGUCGGCACUAACAGCUUCAUCCGCCUAAUGUCACCGUACAAGUCAGGAUACUGA